AUGUCGCUGCCCUACGCCGCCGACGCAGAGACGUCCCUCUCGCCCUCGGAGCUACAGGUGCUUCGCUCCCAGUACCAGUCCGAACUCUCAUCCGGCCACGUAACCACACAGACAAAGUUCAACUACGCCUGGGGCCUCGUAAAGUCAAAAAACCGCGACGACAUGAGCCACGGCGUCGGCCUCCUCACCGAGAUCUACCGCUCCGAUCCACCACGACGACGCGAGUGCCUCUACUACCUCUCGCUCGGGCACUACAAGAUGGGCAACUACGACGAGGCCAGGCGGUUCAACGCCCUGCUGAUCGAGAGGGAACCAAACAACCUCCAAGCGCAGAGCCUCAACCAGCUCAUUGAAAAGGGCGUCGCAAGAGAGGGCUACAUCGGCAUGGCGCUCCUCGGUGGCGCAACGGCCGUCGCAGGCAUCGUCGUCGCCAGCCUCAUGCGCAAGGGAAGGCGAUAG